AUGUGUCUUCACACGUUGCAUCAUUAUCCGACCUGCGGGCACAUCGCCAACUGGACAGUGACCAGCUGCCAGCCCUAUACUGCUACCCUCCGUCUAUUGGGCCAGCAAGGUAUGUUUGACCACUGUCAGAAUGUGCAGACUGAUCACGAUCUCGCUCUAUUCCUUGACCCGAGCGAGUGUCAACAAUGCAAGCUUCUUGCUGACUCAGGAUGCAUGUUAGAUGUGUCCCAAGAUGGCAACUACUCUGCCAUUGAGGGGCUGCAAUCACCAAGCCCAGUCCUCGAGGUUUUUGGUCGACUGAGAACUGCUGAGAUACAGUACAUGCCACACGAAACCCCGAGGUCGCUGCCAAAGUUUGCUUCAAACUUGGACCAACCUCGGUCCUCACAGCUGACGAAUGUAUGCGAGUGUCGUGAGGAAUGGCUCACGAGUCCUUCCAUGCCCCCGGUCACCGACCACACUCAAUGCAUAGGCAAGUCAGACUCAGCCUCAUUCUCUCCGUGUCAGGAGAUACUUGAUUUCAUGCUUCGCGAUCUAUCUGCGGAUGAGGCUGCCAUUGCUGAUUCCUGGAACAUCCUGCGGGAGAACGCAUCGGCAGAGGCUAUCUCCCCUUCUUCUACUCAGAUAGGUGCUCGGGGUUCGCGCAACUCGUUGCGGGGAGCCAUCUCAAGAAUCAGCAGGCAAUUUGUCAAGACCCAAGAGUACUCUCACUGCCCGAACUCUCCCUCUUGGUUUGAUUUUGAAUUAUCGGACGAGUCGUCUAUCGACUCUGACAGCUUGUUUGCCAAGUGUUGCGUCAAAGACCCGUACGUUGAUAACCACAAGGAUGAGUCCCUCCCUGCCUUGUGCCACGUGAGCAGUUCUCCGAUAGCUGAAUACGACAGUGCAUCCAUUGACGAGAACCGUUUGACAGAUGACUUUCUGUGGACCUACCCUCCGGCAAUUUCUUCUGAGGAGAAUUUGCUUGAGAGAGCGCUGUCGAGCGACACACAGCCCAUCAACGUUUCGGCAUCCGAAUUGAUUCUCAGCCCCGCCCCGUUGAGGGUCACUAAGCCUCCUCGUUUUGUGAGUGAAGAAUCUGCCCUUGAAAACGUCAUGAAGGAGAUGCAAGCAUCGAAUGACAAGACGAGAUCUAGUGGACUUGGACCUCGAAUGACUGGCUCCAAGGCCAUUUGGACAAAGUUGAAAAAUCUCCUAAUGACUAGAUAA